AUGAAUGAAAGUGGAACAGUAGCAAAUGAUCAAAAUCAUUCUCAUCAAAAAUGUCAAUUACGUAAACGAUCGUAUGAAUCGGAACAAAAUUUCCGUUCAAAACGUUCAAAAUCAGACACAUUCGAAAUUCACGAACAGUCUGAUAGUUCAACAUCUGACACCGAUAAAGAAUCGAUAUGUCUUAGCAGUGAUACGGAUGAAUCAAUUAUAGAAAUAUCCGAUGAUGGCAGUGAUACGGAAGAUUUCGAAGAUAAUUCAAAUCUCGCAACAGAUCAAUCUCGAUACAAUCCGGUUAUUUUAAAUCAAAAGCAAUGUUUUAGUAGACACUCAAAAAAAUUAAUAAAACAAUUUAAAUAUAUUUAUGAACGUAGUAGGAAAAAAGCGAUUGAACCAACACAAUCGAUAGAUGAUAAUAUAAAUCAACUAAAAAAAUUACGUUGGGAAUUAAGAAAUACAUUUAAUCGCGAUGAUCUUUUUAAAGAAGGUUAUGCUGUUUUAUCGGAUGAAUCUUUUCCAUUUUAUUCACUUUGCUAUACGUGCGGUUCGAUGGGUACAGAUUUGAUCUAUUGCAAUAGCUGUUGUGAAGCCUAUCAUAGAGCUUGUUUGCAUGAAUCUGAAUGCCCUCGUUUAUGUCCUACACCUGAAUCAUGGUUAUGUCCUAAUUGCACUCUAUGUGAUAUAUGCGGCGUGGCGAAAGAUUCUCCAUUGAUAACUUGUUCUGAUUGUCAACGAACUUUUCAUAUGAAAUGUGUAAAACAAACGAAAGAUGAACAAUCAUAUCAUAAUAUUCGUAAUCAAAUAUGGUUUUGUCCGUCGUGCAUUAAAUGCGAUUGUGGACAAGCAUUGAUAUCGAAUGAAGAAAAUAUUUUAUCAUUGGCAAAAUCUGUUUCAUCUCAGCAAUCACUUAUGUGUGUCGAUUGUUUAAAUAAUAUGAAAAUAAUUCGAACAAAUAAAGCAAAUCGAAUUGAAAAAUGUAAUUUGUGUGAAAAAUUUAUUGAACAAUUUAUAACUAAACCUAAACCAUUAUUUUCUUUAACAUUAAUUGGCAAUCAAUCAAAACCGAAAGUCAACAAUUUGUUACAAUGUGUUAAAUGUAAACAUCGUUUUCAUCCGAAAUGUGAUGGAUAUUUAAAUGAAGAUGUUUUGGUAAUACCGUAUAUUAAAAACAUAUCGGCAAAUGUUAUUUGUUCAAAAUGUGACUAUGAUCAAAAAGAAAAUAUUCAAAAGACGCUCAUUAAUCAUAAAAUUCAAGGUGAUUAA